AUCACAACUGGAAUGGAACAUUAUCCAACACUAACAAACAUUGCCAUUGGGCGACACAAAAGUUCCACGCUAGGAAACAAAUUUUUGUUUGGAAAUUGUAUAAAUCAUAGCAAGCAGAUAAAAUACCAAUAAUGAAUCAAUUUCACACGCCCUCAUUCGGUGAUGAAGUGUUCGAGAUGAAUGACACGCCAAUGGAGCAAACGCCUAAUCCGAAUUCUUCUCGGCGCAUUAGCAGGCUGAGCAGUCUGGAUCACGUGGAAGACGCCUCUGGCGAGGAACAUAUGGACUAUGAAACAAGUGUCACCGCCACCAACAGCUCUGUGGCGUCAACAAAUCAAGCACAACCACAACAGCAACAGACGUCGCUGCCAGCUCCACAGUCGCUACAAUCACAAUCACAGCUGCCAGCUAAACCUCUGGCGCCCUUUGCGCUCUUCUUUCGCGACACAAUGACCGCGAUUAAGCAACAAAAUCCCGCCUGUACACUGGAACAAAUCACAGCCAUCGUGCAUAACAUGUGGGACACCAUGGAGGGGGCUGAGAAAGCGGUCUAUGAGCGACGCCAUGAGAUGGAGAAACGCGAUUACAUGUUGAAGUUACGGGAUCAACGCCUACAACAGUUGCAGGAAGUUACGCCACAACAGCAGCCGACACUCGAAGCGUCUCAAACUGAUGCCGGUGUGGAGCAGCAGCAAGAAACGGCGGCCACAAGUCAAACAGCAACAGUUGCAGUAGAAGAUGUUGCGUCAGCAGUAAACGCACCAGCAACAGCGACUGCUGUGACGCCUCAGCAACCAGAACAGAUACAGCUGCUGAAUGAAGCGGCAGCUGUGCAGAAAUGUACGCGUGAGUUGUGCAAUAAGCCAGCAAUAAUAAAUCCGGAUUGGGAGGACGAGUAUUGCAGUAAUGAAUGCGUUGUUAUACAUUGUCGUAAUGUGUUUAACGAAUGGGCGCGCGCGUUACAGUAUUCGCCACCGUAGUGCCAAACAGCAUUGCUUAUUGUUGGCCUCACUUCUACUAGGUAUUAACUAAAUAUUUAGCCUAAUAAAAAAUAUCGCAUCGCAGAGCAGUUGGAUCAACAGCAAAAAAAAGCAAAAACAGCUGAUUGGCUAUCAUACACAAAUGCAUCCACAUUUAUACAUAUGUACGCGGCACGCACAGCGUUGCCAUCUUACACAAAAAACAAAACGCAAAUAUACUGUUUUUAUAUAUACCAAAAAAUGGAACAUUGGGAAUUGAAAACAUUUUCAUAGAGCGCGCGCAUUUAAAUAAUUUUAAGCAUACAUGUUAUCCAUUUUAACACAGACACAUCCACAAAAACCCAAAAGGAAAACAGUCAAUUUUAUGUUUGCAAUUAUAACUUUUAAUAAAUACACACAUUUAUUAAACUUGCACUUCAUUAUCAAUUGUAUCAAUAUAUCAAUGUCGGUUGCUUACAAAAUAGUUUUUCUUUCUUUGUUUUUUUCUUGUUUUUAUUCUCAUAUCAAAUAAUUAAAAUGUAUAAAUUAAAGAAAUUGGUUGCGCGCCCGAUUCGCUGAACUAUAAGUAAAAGUU